GCGACGGGGGAGAGGGCGGGGCGCUUCGCCUCUGCGUCCUCGCCUGGCUGCUGCCGCUGGGGGGGUGGAGGGAAGGAAGGGGGUAAAAAAGGGUUAAGAAACUUGGCUGAAGAGAUGAAUGGCACAGCGCGGAGCGGGGAGGGGCUGGGCUGCGCCGCGCCGCGCCGGGCGAGGGGGAAGGAGGGGAGGAUCACGGCUGCGGGUUAGGCUUUGAAAGUCAGCCUCGCAGGCAUUGCAGCAGAGCCCCGAACCGCGGAGGGGAGCGGCGCAGCGCGGCGCGGAGCUCUCCGUGUACGUGUGUGGGGCCCGGGGCGGGCGGGGGAAGGCGGCGGCGGCGGCGGCGCCGCGGCUCGUUCUGUGCUCCAGCCGGGAGCUCCUCGCGCAGCCCUCCCCCCCCAGACACACACACUGCGUGUGGGGCCGCUGCUUUGCGGAGCUCUGCACGGGGGCUGGGGGCCGGCGCCCUCCGCGUCUCUCCUUGCGGGGCCGGGCAGCCGUGUGUGGCGCGGCGGGGGGCCGCGGGAGCCUCCCGCCGCGGCCGGCAGGCGCCGGGGGGACCGGGGCCGGCCGCGAGAUCAAGCAUGGAACUGUUUAGGAAGAAAAUUAACGCAUCCUUGGAGUCCUGAAGGAAGAGCCUCCCUGAUGGGACCACUUUCAAGAGUGGAGUGAAAAGUGGAUUCACAAAGUUCCAGCAUUGACACUUUCAAGGAAGUUUAUGUGCUUGAUGGAGAUGGAAAAAGAUGAAAAAAAGCUCGUUUUCUGGAGAAAGGUGAAGACAAAUAUUUCUUGGAACUUUAUUACCUUGGAACCAUGUUCUGAGUACUCCUCUUAGACAUCUUUCGUAAAUAUUCUCUAUGUCAACAGAGCGAUGUGAUUGAAAAUUUGUUUCAUCAAACUAUUUGCUGGAAGAAGUCUGCUUUGAAUGUAACACUUUGCAUUGUUUCAGUUUAUGAGAAAAAGCUGUAGACUUCUACAUGUUAUUUAUUAACUGCAUCUCAGUUGAGCUAAAGCAAUCUAGUCUUUGAAGUGAAUAGAAGCAGAGCCCUCUUGGAUACUCUUAUUGAACAUGACUCAUGGAGAAGAGCUUGGCUCUGAGAUGCACCAGGAUUCUGUUGUUCUAACUUACCUAGAGGGAUUACUAAUGCAUCAAGCAGCAGGAGGCUCAGGUACUGCCAUUGACAAAAAGUCCACUGGGCAUAGUGGAGACGAUCAAAACUUUAAGAUUUCUGGAAAUAUAUUUCCCAGCUGUCAAAGUAAUGGUCAAGUUCUUAACACAAAUACAUAUCAGGGAUCUGGCAUGCUGCAUCUCAAAAAAGCAAGACUGUUGCAGUCUUCUGAAGACUGGAAUGCAGCAAAGAGAAGGCGGUUGUCUGAUUCCAUUGUGGAUUUAAAUGGGAAAAAGGAAGCUUUGUUAGCUGGCAUGGUUGAAAAUGUGCCUAAAGGCAAACAGGAUAGCACAUUACUUGCCUCUUUGCUUCAGUCAUUCAGCUCUAGGCUGCAGAGUGUUGCUCUGUCACAACAGAUUAGGCAGAGCCUUAAGGAGCAAGGGUAUUCCCUUAGCCAUGAUUCUUUACAAGUGGAGAAAGAUUUAAGGUGCUAUGGAGUUGCAUCCAGUCACCUGAAGACUCUGCUGAAGAAGAGCAAAGCAAAAGACCAGAAGCUGGACAACAGCCUGCCCGAUAUAACAAAGAACCUGCCCAAAGAGAGGUUUAUAGAAUCUCCUCAUGCAGUACAGAGCGGACCGAAAGUGAUAAAUGAGCCACUGUCAUGUGCUGCAAGAUUACAAGCUGUUGCAAGCAUGGUAGAGAAACGAUCUAGUCCUGCAGCUUCACCUAAGCCCAGUGUAGCAUGCAGCCAGCUAGCUUUACUGCUUUCAAGUGAAGCUCAUUUGCAGCAGUACUCCAGGGAACAUGCUUUAAAAGCACAAAAUGCAAAUCAAAUAGCAAGUGAGAGACUUGCAGCUAUGGCCAGAUUACAAGAAAGUGCCCAGAAAGACAUUGGCCAAUUCACUCUAUCAAAAGGAAUGACAAGCCAUCUCAAUGGUCAAACGAGAUCAUCAACCAAAACGGUAUCUAGCAAAAGCAAUAUGGCACCAUUUCAGAGUUCCGCAGGAAUCAUGCAUUCACCUCCGAAAAACAUGGUAUACAAAAAUACGUUGGAAAGGAGUAACUUGAAAACCUCUCCCAGCAACAGCUUGCUUUUGCAUCUCCUGAAAAGCCAGAAUACCACCCAACAAGCAAAAGGGCAUGAACAGAGUGAGAGAGCCAGCAUUUUUGAAGACAGCAGCACACCAACUACUAUAGAUGAGUAUUCAGACAACAAUCGUAGUUUUACAGAAGAUGACAGCAGUGAUGAUGAAAGCUCACAUUCUAACUGUCUUCCUAUAGACUUAUCCUUUAAACAGAGGAUAGACAAACUGGAUGCAGGUCCACCUGCAUCACUGGAUAAUCUGACUCAAUCCUUGCUUCAUAACUGGGAUCCAAAAGUUCCUUGUCCAGAGAACAAGGAAGACAAAGACACUCCGAAGGCUUCUAAGUUGAAUCCCCAUCAGAAAGUAACAUUGCUUCAGUUGUUACUUGGGCAUCAGAGUGAAGAAAAGGUAGACAAAUGUAAUGACCCUCAGGGACCACACAGUGCGGCUGAUGUGGCAAAAUUCACUGUACAGACUGGUAAAAGGACUCCUGUUACUGACAGUCCCAGUACAAAUCGAAUGACUCCAUUAAGCACUCCACCUUUGCUUGCUUCUACAAAAGCAGACUCUCCUAUAAAUCUCUCGCAUCAGUCGUCUUUAGCCAUGAAGCGUAGCUCACCACCGUAUGCCUGCAGCAUCCAGACAGAUAGGCUGUUGAAUCCUGCAUCUAAACAUUUGAUAGACCUUUCUAAAAGCAAAGAAAUUCAAGGAGCUAAGCUGACCAGAAAUGAUAGCCCACAGAACUCUUCAGCUUUCAGUGCCAGCAAGCUGUUGCAGAAUCUCGCUCAGUGCGGCAUGCAGACUUCCAUGGCAAGCGAGGAACAAAGAACCAGCAAACAGCUGCUAGCGGUGAGCGCAGAGAAACCUGUAGGCUUGAUUGAUAGAUUGAACAGCCCUCUGCUUACGAAUAAAUUAAGCACACAUGAAGAAAAUAACAAAAUAUUCAGUUGUCAGCCUGCAUCCACUGAGCAAGGACUUCCAGGUUCAGAAAUAGAAAAUCUCCUUGAAAGGCGCACUGUCCUUCAGCUGCUUCUGGGCACUCCAAAUAAAGGUAAAAGUGAAAAGAAAGAGAAGGUGCUUUUAAGAGAUGAAAGUUCUCAAGGACAGACAGAUAAGGCUUUGAAUGAGCAAAUAUUGACAGUGAAAAUAAAAACUGAACCUUCUGAAGAAUCAAAUGUUCCUUACAAUUCAAAUGCACAACAAAUAAGAGAGUGCAAGGGUAACAAAUUUCAAGGAUUUGUUCAUUCACUGCAGAGAAACACAGCUGCUUCUCCAGCAUCUGAGGACUUGAAAUCUGAGCCUCUUUCACCUCAAGAUUUCUCUUUCUCCAAAAACGGCCUGCUAAGUAGAUUGCUGAGACAGAAUCAAGAUAGUUACCCUGCAGAUGAGCUGGACAGAAGUCACCGAAACAAUGAGCUGACACAUCUUGAAUCAAAGAGUCUUUGCACAGUACCGAAGAAGAGGAAACUUCAUGCUGAGCUUUCGGAAAGUCCGUUAAAAAAGAUGAAAAGUAAUGUGUCUGAUGCUGCAAACAAUCACGCUUCUCCGACAGAGGCACUCUAUGGGCCUUUGCUUAACCAGCAAGAACUGAAAUUCAGCAGAAGCGAUGUUGAAUUUAAAUAUGCUGUAGGUCAUGGUUCAAAUAAUGAAAGUGAAAAUAGGAGCUGGUCUAGAGAUAGUAAAGGCUUUAAUGUGUUGAAACAGCUGCUUCUGUCAGAAAACUGUGAGAGAGAUCUGUCACAACAUAGGAAUAACAUACUAACUGAGGGCAAGAAAAAAGGAAACAAGAACAAUGCAACAGUUAAUAAACCUGAAUUCAGCAUUUCUUCAGUAAAUGCAUUGAUGGGAAGUCCUGUGCAACCGAACAGUUGUGUAGAUCAUAGAACAUUUCCGUAUCCAGUAGCAGUAAAAAGUCCUGCCAGUUCCCCCUUCCCUGAACAUUUGGGGAGUACAGUAUCUAGACCUGAAUAUGACCAGUUUAGUGUGUGUCCCAUGCCCAGUGAAAAAGGUCCCAUCAGAUGGGUUAUCACAGGUAUGGACAAGAAUGAUUAUGAAAAAGAAUCUCCAAGACUGACCAAAACCAAUCCAAUAUUGUAUUACAUGUUACAGAAAGGUGGCAACUCUGUUAGUAGCCAAGAAGCACAUGACAAAGACAUUUGGAAUGAACCUUCAUUUACUGAUAGUUCAACCUGUGUUACAAUCAAAGAGGAGUUAACAUCCGAUGCAGAGCUUAAAAAUCCUUUUAAUAGCUUACGAAGCCCUUACAACAGCCAUAUGGGGAAUAAGACCUCUCAUCAGCAUGGUAUGAAUGGAGAAGUGCAUGGACUUUUGGAAAAAGUGCUAACAAUCAAAAAAGAGCCAGAAUAAAAUACAGCCUCCCAAUGAGUUUACAAUCAGUGGUUUUGAAUCUUUGUUUAAAAAAAAAGAAAAAGAAAAAGAAAAAAAUAAAAAUGAGUAUGAACUUCAAUACUGUAUAAAUUGAGCAUGAUUUGAGAAAAGCAUGGUCUAAUUGAAACAUUUUCAUUUGAUAAACUUUUUAUUUUUCUGGUGAUGUUAUUUAAAAUACAUGUAGAUAAAAAUUGCUUUAUAAUAGAUUGUCACAAGGAAACUAGAAAGGUUGUAAUUUGUAUGAGACAUUUCUGUAUGCAUCAGAUUAAGUUAUGAGUACUCUUUGAUCAGAGUCUUGGAUCUGCAAGUCUUUGGCAUAGCAAAAAGUGUAAGCGUACAGCCUAGGUGGUGGUAAUGCUGCGUUUCCUCCCUCCCCUGUAAAAUAAUCCUUUUUUGGGGAAGCCUAAGCAUAGAGACAGUGUACUUUUUUGAAUGUUUAAUAUGUUUUGUGAAAUUUUAAGAAUAACUUUUAAGAAAUGGAGCAGUCUGUCCAAGGUAUUAGCUUAUCAUAUUGGAAAAUCUAUGUCAGUGUUAGUAAUUAAAAUGCACUGAAAUGUAAUUUUUAGUGCUUCCAAAUUUUUUUAUUGUUGUUUUUAAAUCUCGUUUGUGGUCCUUCCAGAAUAGUGGUGUAAGAUCUUUUUUCCUUGCCCUGCUUUUGAGAAAUGCCUUCCUCAGAAUCCUUAGUUGUAGUUAUAAGUUCUUAGUUAUGAUUAAAAAUUUUCCUAGGUUUUUAUAUAAACAGUAGAUUUUCACAUACCAUGCAAGUACUACAGGAGUCAUUUGUUGGCGCAUUCCUGUACCUUCUUUGCUUAAAAGGGGAAAGUCAAAAUGUUUCUUGGAGUACUGGGAUUAAAAAAGCCUGUCACAUUUAUUUAGUGAGAAAAAUGAUGGAAAGUUUGUGAAUCAGAUAACCAGAAUUGUUUGCUUAGCACCAUCUUGCUUCCUUUACAGAAGAAUACCAAAUGCACUGAAGUGGCACAUCUGACUUCCACUCAAAUAUGAAAUAGGAUUUUACUGAAAAAUGUAUUGGCUUCUCCCUACAGCUAGGGAUAAGAAUCCAUAUUCUGCCAAUAUUUAUUACUCUCCAAACAGCUGAUACAUGGUUUAAUGCACUACCCUUUCAUUGCCGAAAACCUGCUCUUAGAAUAUUUUUUUCAGGUUGUGCAGAGGAUAAAUUUAUAGGUUUUUUUCCACAUUCUGUAAUGGAUAGUGGGAUAUGUCUCAGAAAUGCCUCUCUGCCCUUUCCCUCGAUCCCCACGUGUGCUGUGAUUUGUAACAUCUGGCAAUAUCAGCCUGAGUUGGAAGUAACUGAAUAUUGCAGUCAAAACAGACACCAUGAAAGAAUUGCUGACUGAGGAGAUGCACACAGCACUGCUUUCCCUGGAGUCAGUGUUCACUCCAUGCAGGGCCCUUAAUUCUCAUGGGGGAGGGUGAAAACAAAAUCCAGUUCUAAAUGAUACGCAUUAUCAGGAACUGUAAGUUUUGCUGAACUUUGAUUACCCCCCUGAAAAGAUGUUCUCUAUAGCUUUAGACUUUUCUGAUAGCACUGGGUAUUAUCAGUAAACAGUUGAGUAUUUGGUUUGUGCUGAUGCAUCCUCUCUCUCUCUCUCUCUCUCUCUCUCUCUCUCUCUCUCUCUCUCUUUUUUUUUUUUUUUUUUUUUUUUUUUUGAUUGUUUUCACCUCGAGUGCUGAUGACAUGACAGGACUUUGCUGUUCCUGUUCAUCUCAUGUUUGCAUAGGAGAGAGGAGUGAUGGGGCGCUUUGCUCUUUUUCUAUCUGGUUUCAUUUCACAGAUCCUUUUCCCAGACUGUUGGCUUGCCUAGAGAGAGCAAGCUUUUUUCUCUCAUCUCAUCCCCUGCCCCCAGUCUGGAAUCGGUUUGCCACCCUUCUAGUGCAGUCCCCCUGAGAAGGGGCUUCUCCCGUCUGCCAGCUGGUAAAUGCACCACUAUUCUGUUUUAUCCCCCUGGGUGAUACCUUCUUUUAGGGAACACAAACAUUUGGCAGUAUCUAAUAUAAAACAUUCCCCUUGGUUUAUAUGAAAAAUAACAAAGCAAUUUAAAGAUAUAUUUUUGUGUUAUUUGGGUGAAGCAUAAUAUAUUAAUGGGCUGUACAAAGAAGAUUUAUAUUUUAAAACCUUCACACAAAUUUAAUGUCAUUUUAAAUGUCAUUGUUGGAAAUAUAAUAUAAAAAUAAAAUUUUGUUUGUCUUUAUUUGCAUUUUUAAGUGGCCCCAUGACAAUUCAAAUGUGUCAUAGAAUAAUCAUUAACAAGAUAAAGUAUAUUUUAGAUUAACGGUGGAAGUGAAUUCUUUUUAUAUGAGUCAACCCAACAUAAAUAUUAAAAAAGAUGGUAUUUGUUCCAUCCAUUAAAUGUCUCUUAAAAGUCUUAAUUGAUUAUUUUUCUGGAAACAACAUGUAUAUAGUUAGGAAAUAUAUACACUAUAGAAUAAUAGAUGGUCCCCAGAGUAAAUACAUGGCAAUAAUUUACUUGAAGGUCUCCGCAGAAAAAGCAGCAUGAAUGGGUGUGAAAUAGUGUGGUUGGAAAAUUUUUCAGCAAAACAAAAUUCAGCUGAAAAGUAGGGAACAUUGUCUAACUAACCCUCGCAAAAUAAUACUGGAGUCCUAGGAGUGUACUUACCCAUGUAUUUAUUCUAUGGUAGUCUAUUAUUGUAAUAUAUACUUUUGAACAUUUAGUUUUUAAAGCUUUAUAAAACAUUUAAGUUUAAAUGUUAAUUGCCGAACAGUUUUAUCAGUUAACAGUUUAGCUUUCCUUGUAGGUGAUAUUAAUAGAAAAGAAAAGGGUAUUACCAUUCUCACAGACGUCGGUAAAGUAUAACAAAUUUACACAAAAGUUUAAUAUCAGGACGUGCUGUUCAUAGAAGAAUUUUACCUGUUGAAGACCUGGCAAUCUCAAGCAGUGUGUAACAUACUACAAUAAGGUCCUUGAGAGGUAGACAUGCUAAUACAGUGCUCUUCAGUGAGCCACUGAGGGGGGCAACUCUCCUCUGUUAAAUUCUCCAGUAUUGCUAAUGCUACUCCUCCCUAGGAAAGAGACUUCUCUCUAAAUCAGCCCCAUCCACAGUUUUAAACCUGAGGCUUUUUCUUUUUUUUUUUUUUUUUUUUUUUUUUUUUUUUUGUUAUUAUUAUUUUGUAGCCCAGGUGAGCAGGAAGGAGUCACCAUCAUUUUCCCUGGGGAGUUUUCCUUCUCAGUUGUCCCAUGGGAAAAGGGAGGUGUAGGAGCUGGAUUUGCUGCACCAGCAGAAGGACCGGUUGGGCUGGCCACAUUGUCCCAAGCAACCCAAAGAGCCUGGAUUCUCACAGUCACUGUAGGUUGAGUGACAAGCCAAGGUCAUCUGUGCAGACUGCUCAGCAACUCCCAUCUCCUUGGUUCAGUAGACAUUUACUCCUAAGAGAUAAUGCAUUUCAGCUGUCCCCAGUAUGCUUCCUCUGACUGGGAGUGGAGGCUUCAGAGAUGAUGCAGUCUGCAAACAGGAGGUUGAAGUUUCAGCUGGACCGUUAGACUCUAGACUUGAACAGAAACAGUGUGAUAUCUGACUUAGCAGCAAUAUAGCUGUGUGGGCAAGAGGUGCAGGACUGUUAGGGGCUGUUGUGCGACGUCACCAUCAAGCGAGUUGGGAGGAGAUCACAUUGCAGUUGUAAUGGGGAGAGACUGCUGGGGGAAAGCUGCAUCCUCCUCAGGGCACAGUGAAAAAUUCAGUUAGGGAUGUGUCUACACCACCUUUGAAGAUGCAGUUGCUGCCCUUUGGGAUUUACACCUGAGCUAGCUUUAAUCUUGCUAGCAGAAUAGUUGCAGCAGCAGUUGUGUGGAGUGCCCAAUGCCUUGCUCCAGUUUGCAUCUAUACAGUUGCUUACGCUGCCCUAACUACCUGUUGGUGUAGCGCCUGAGACAGGUAGAUUUGAGGGUUGACUUGCAAUUGCCACGCAGACAUACCUUUCUUUUCCAGAGCGUAAGGAACUGAGAUAGCCCAGGCAAUUUCUAGCAUCUCCUCUGCCAAAAUUUGAGGAAAUAAGAGGGAAGUAACACAUGACCACAGAAUCAAAGCUGUUUUGCCAGAAGGCUUCUCUACUGAUACAGUCUAACCGAUCAGCACAGUUUGAGGAGCUGAUAAACAUUACAAGGUCAAAAGGGAAUUCAGCUGUAACUUUCACUUUUUUUAGCCAUUUCUUCUUAGUAAUGUUUUUAAAUUUUUAAUUUACAAAUGUUUUUAAAAGAAAGAAAUGAAUGGUUUAAAUUUUCCCUGUUAAAUGUUGGUGAAAGUAUUACAGCUCUCAUUGACGUCAGUGACAUGAUAUUACCAGUUUGUUCUCUGCCACAUCUUACAGAGGAGUAAACUGGUAAGUAUAUAUUAUAUAUAUUUAUAUAUAAUGUAAAUAUAUUGACUUGUUACACCUAUUAUAUGUUGAAACUGGUUUUUAAAAGGUGAUGUAAAUAGUGGUUUCCUUAACGAAAAAUACAUAUUUUGUAUUGUUCUAAUGCAAAGGAAAAAACCUUUUAAUCUUUUUUGUUAUGUAUAUUCCAUGUAUAAGUGUAAAUAUGAUCACAUAGGUUUAAAAACUUUUGCAUGUAUGUAUACAGUUGCAAGUCUGGAAGAAUGUAUAGAAAAAUACUUUUAUUUAAAGUUGUGAUUACCUGCUGCAUGAAAAAUGCAUGGGGGACCCUGUGCAUCUGUGCGUUGGCAAAAAUGUCUUAACAAGUCAGGUCAGUUCAAAACACAACAGUAUUCCACUUCUGGACAUGACUUCUGCUGUGGUAUUUUAGCUUUGUGAAAGAAUGUGCUUAAAAUCAAAAGGGUCUGGGAAAAAGCUCAAAACUACUCUUAAAACACAAGAAUUCAUACAACUAUAAUCAGUCAUAUAAGUUCAGGACUCCGCUUUACAUAAUUGAAAUACUGUAUCAGGACUAUUCCAUCAUUGUAAAACAAAGGAAUAUUGAUUUUCAUUGCCAUACAUAAGAAUUUGGGGAUUUACCACAACCAAUUUUAUUGUGAUAUGUUUUCAGUAAUUAAUCUAAUUGGUCUCAUUUUUUUAUUAGAAAUUAAUUUCCUCAUGUGAUGUCACAAAACUGUACAUACUGCAGUGUGAAGUUUUUUUAAAUCUUUCAGUGUUUACUUCCUGCAGAAGAUUUGAAUAAAUGAGAAAAAUGCAUUGUC